UCGAAUAUACGUCGUUUGCAUCAAGUGCUGAAAAUUUAGGUUAAAUGAACGAAGCAGCUUAUCAUGCGCCAGUUAUUGUAAUCUUGCUAAAUAAAAAAGAAAGCUUCACGUUUUCCCCAAAAUACGCGAAGGAUUCAAUAAUACGUGUUAUUUUUUUACUUAAAUCAUUUAAAUAAACCAAGUAUUAAAUAUGUUGUUUCGACAAUCCUAUCAACUUCUGUCAGCGGUUCGACCGGCAGGAAAUAUCACAACAAACUUAAUUGCUCGAUUUAUUUCGCGAAAUAAUAGACUUCAACAGUGCUUGUCGAAAGAAAAUGACAAAGAUUCGACGGAUGUCAAGCUUUCCAACCCAAUUGCCUUGUCCGAAGACACAAAGAAAUUCGAUGAUGGAGUUUACGCAUCGCAUUCUACGCAAAAUGACAAUAAUGUGGCAAAAGCUACAUCACUUACUUGUGCUCAUCCGAACAUCACUGCUCCACACGUUGACAAUUUCCUCGACGAUGAUGACGAGAAGAGCAUAACGUUACCGAAACCUCUGGACGUAUAUACCGAAGAUUUGUCCGACAUCGGUCCAUAUCUCACAUCUACUUUUUCAUUCGCCAAGUACGCGAACAAAUCGCGCAUAAUCCAAGAGCUGGUGAAACUCGGGGUAGAGCUGUAUAAAUUGGAGUCCAAAGAAGGAAUGGUACAAUAUAUUCUGGGCCUCGACUUCGACCGCGAUGUAAAGCCAUACAUCACAUUUCUGUAUGAUUGUGGUGUGCCGGCUGAUUAUCUAGGUCAUUUCAUCACUAAGAACCCUUACAUCUUCAAAGAAGAUAUUGAUGAUCUUCAUACCAGAAUAAGAUACUUGAGGGCACAUGAAUUCAACAUAAAUAUGAUAAAGACUAUCAUUUGCAAGAAUCCUAGAUGGUUGUUACAUAGUACUAAGGAUAUUGAUGGCAGACUUAGCUAUUUCCAAACUAACUUCAAACUUAAGGGUAAUGAAGUCAGAAUCUUUACAGUCAAGGGACCUAAAGUGGUAACAUACCACAUGAUGCACAUAAUGGCUAAUACAUUCAGCAUCAAGCAAGAUAUGGAAUUUAAUGACAAACAAAUGAAACAAUUGCUCCUUAGGAUGCCCAGAUUAUGGGUAAAAAAUCGCGAAAGACUAAUUAGGAUAUUUGAAUAUGUUCAUGACGAAAUGAAGUUGUCACAUGAUUUAAUUGUGCAAUCCCCGCAUAUCUUGCUCUGUCGAAAGAACAGGCUCCAACAGAGGCACAUGUUUUUGGUAGAAAUGAAAAAGGCCAAUUACGAUCCUUCCAAACCAUUGUAUGUUUCACCACGAGCCUUGGUCAGUGGUACAGAUGUGGACUUCUGUAGAAAUAUCGCGAAGACAUCCAUCGACGUAUACAAUGAGUUUUUAAAAACAUUUUAAUUACUAUAGCUUAAAUAUAAAUAAACCUAUUAAUAAAAAUAUUGCUGUUCAAAUUAUUUCUAGCAGUUAUCGCAUU